GUCAGGAGGAAGGUUACUAACUGGCUUUGGCCUUUCACCAACUGGCAUGCUGGCAUGAUCUAACUUAUGGAAUUGAUCUAAGCUAUCUCUUGUUAUUGUUUUUGCCCUGUUGAUGUGCUUAUUAUCUAUGUCAGACCUUAUAUUUGCCGGGCCUCUUUGCCACAGCGUCAUUUGCGUGCAAUGAAAUGUGUUUUUUCCAUCUAUUGUUUCCUCAAGCACAUCAAUAUUAUCACAUGAGGCUAGAACAAUACGGCUAGGGGAAUAUGGCACAAGCUCAUUUGGGAUAUAUAUAUGCCCAUUUUUGUUAAACCUGUCGAUUAUAUCUGAAGCUAUUGUAGUAUCAAUUCUUCUAAUUGUAUCCAUCCCUAUUGUAUGACCUGCUGCAUGAAAUAAAUCAACAAGCUUUUCUGACCUAGUUGCCUGGUGUAGUGUAAGCCCUAGACCAAUAUGCUUUGGGAUCAACUUUCUCUUUCUAGAGGCUAAGUAAAAUAUAUCCUGAGCAAUGCUAGUGAUAUGGUCAUCUAAUUUAGAUGAUCUUUCUUCUAAUCUAUCUGUUCCCCCGAAAAGAACUGAAAGAAAAGUAUAUAAGCUUUGGGGAAUAACCUUAGCAACAUGUUCCUUAUCUAGCCCACACCAUGCAGCACUAUGACCUGGUGUAUUUUCCAAAUCAUUCCUGAUGGUCAUAGCUCUAUGGACUAAUUCUAGCAGUGCAUUGUCUUGGAAGGGAACAAGGUGAUCUUCAUUACCAAGCUUGUCUUCAUCAUCAUUACUCACAUAUUCUAGGUGUUGUGCUACAGCAUAAUCAGUCUUAUUGUUGGGGUAAACAAGGAGGUGAGCCUUAGGAUCUAUGGGUCUAAUAAAACCAGCCUUUUCACCAAUUAAAUUUUGGAUGUCGUUAUAAAAUGAUUGCCUCCUUGUUAUAUAUUUCUGGUGGAUUUGCAUGUUUAGAUUAGAACACAAUUUCUUAUAGUGAACCCAGAUAUUUCCGAUAUCAUACACAUGACCAGAGUUUAACCCUGUUAGAAUAGCAGAACAAAGUAUAUCAAGGGAUUGGUCACUAUUCCUAGGAUCCACAGUUUUCAAAUUGGAUGUACUAAUUGUUCUCUGGAAUUUAACCCAGCACUAUACAUGAUAUUUCCUCUCUGCAGCCACUAGGUCGCAUACAUUUGCUAGUCCACACUCAUAACAACAUCUUGUUUUGCCAUUGAUAAAAUUUUAUCUGACAGUGUCAUCGUCAUAACAUUUCUGAGGUUUUUGUCUUCACUUGCUUGACAAAACAUACAUAUUUCCCAUUUUAUGUUAUGCUCAUGUCUGCUGCGUGUGGAGGCCUUAUGUGCAACAGUAUUACUAGUUGAAGCUUCAUGGACUGUUUUUAUGCCCUCUUGUUUCUUCUCAAGCCUAUUUAGCAUGCCUAUAUGGGUGAACUUGCUGUAACAAGAACGAUGCCAUUUUAAAUCAUCUAAAUUUAUAUUUUCACCGGUACCAAUGGUAGCAAGUAUCCUUUCAAUAACACCUAGGGAACUUGUAUCAUUCAGAGAUUUUCUUUUUAGGGCAACCUCAAAAACCUUGCUUUUCCCUUCCUCUGUUGCACUACUCAAGCCACUGCCUGCUGCAGUCUCACUGCGCUCACUUGGAAAUCUCUGAAUCUUUCUUAACCUUUUUAAGGACAGUUAUUGGAUCUAUUUUCGGAUAUAAAGGUCGUUUUGAGCUAGACUCAUAACUCAUUUUUGCUGCAUAAAAAAAUAUAUCCGAAGGAAAACUUCUAUUGGCGACCUGAUUAGAAGAUUGCUUUUUGUUGUUGGAAAGAACACAUAAACUACUUGAAGUGACAACUGUAAAUGUUAUCAAAGUGAAAGCGGAAAGAUUCAUAAGCAAGUAGUACCAUAAAAGCUAUGAAUAUUGAAGUGAUUUUUAAUGAACUACAUUAUUAAAAUAAGUAGAAAAAACAUAUAUACAAACUUUACUGUGUAUUCUUUGAUGUCUUUGCUUUUCUGUUGGUUUUUUAUAUACAAAUUCGCUUUUUACAGUGUAUUUUGUGUUGAAAACAGUGAAAAAAACGACCAAAGUUCUUUCGAGUUUGUCGUUGUCAAGGCAACAAGGGAACACUCGCAAGUUGAAGGCAAGCGCUGAUUGGUUAUUUCGGGAGCUGGGGAAAGCCCAAUUUUCAUUUCCCGCCAUUUUUCCUGUGUAGUUUACGCGCUUUUGGGAGGUGCAGAAAUCGUAAUAAGUUAGGCCUAAUAAGUUAGGUAAGUGUCUAAACAAUAUGUCUAUAUGUUUUGUUUGCUUGUAACACAAAAUGCCAUCAAAGGUUUUUUGAAGCGAAUUUUGUCAAGUUGGCCGGCCGUCUAUAAACAGGUGAAAGUACAUUAUUGUUCAUGACAAUGCUGUUGUACAAGUCAUCAACUUUGUUGGUCAAAUUUUGUUUGACAAGUUUAUUUACAUUUAAUCAAUCUGUGACAUUCUCUAAAUCAGAGUUAAUAUUAUUAGCCAGCUCAACAGAGUCGUGCGAAGAGGCGAAAAUUUGGGUAUCAUCUGCAUAUAGACAGGGUGUUAUUGUCUUUAGACUGUUGGGUAAAUCGUUGAUAUAAAUUAGGAACAACAACGGGCCAAGUAUUGAACCUUGUGGAACCCCGCAAAUGAUUUCACCUUUAUUGAAGAGGCAGCCAUUUACUUGGCACUGUUGCUGCCGAUUUGAGAGGUGGGAUUGAAAACAUGCAAGUUCAAAUUGUGAAGCGCCGUAGAAAGCUAGUUUUUCAAGUGGUAUAACAUGAUCUAUUGAAUUGAAAGCUUCUCUGAUAUCAAGGAAAACUACCCCUGUUAACUUGCCAUUAUUCAUAUUUCGUACCAGUUAUCGCACAUUUGAAUUAGAGCUGUAAUUCUGGAGUACCCUGACACAUGUCGACCAUCACACACCAUCUGUACCAUCUUCACCAUCUGACAACGUACCUUCCCUGUAUAACAACCCCACAUCAUCUGACAACCAUCCGACAAUCUUCGACCAUCAUCCACCAUCUGAAAACCAUCUGACACACUUUGACCAUAGUCUUAUCUGACAACCCUUUCCUGUAUAACCACACUGGGGGGGAUGAAUAGGAUUUCGGAUAGUCGGAUUUCACAGAAAAAAUUGUUCGGAUUUCGGAUCUGGAAAGUAUUUUACACAGAUUUGAGGAUCUUGUUAAUACAGCGGAUUGUGGAUUUAUCUAAUAUUUUGGCUCGGAUUGUGGAUUUAGCUUGCAAUUUAGUUCGGAUCCUGGAUUGUGACUUCAUAGUAGAGCUUUUAGCGGAUCCAAAUUUAGACAAGACCAUUGUCUGAUCGCGGAUUUUGCUUCAAAUUUGGGCGGAUCGGCGGAUUUGUGUCCCCCCCCCCCCCCAAACUGCACCAUCUUACAACCAUCUGACACACUUGGACCAUCAUACACCAUUUGACACACUUCGACCAUCAUACACUAUCUGUCCCAUCUUCACCAUCUGAUAACCCUUCCCUGUAUAACCAACCUACACCAUCUGAUAACCAUCUGACACAUUUCGACCAUCGUACACCCUACACAAUACUGUAAACCUUUGAGCCAUCGUGCAGACACUAUUUGACACCAUCUUCCCCAUCAGACAUCAAAUGCCUGUAUUGGACAUUACUAGAUAGCUAUAACUACGAGAAUUAAAUCACUUAUUGAGCGUGUCUACAUAAAAAACACGUGUCUAGAAUCAUUAUAAAAUACAUGGGGAAGAAAAUAGGAUGAUGUUUGUGAUGCAUGCUGUCAUAUCUUUUUCAAAAGAAGCAUAAAUCUCAUAACUCAUACAUGAAAUCGUCCAAGACGACAUCGCAAAGUAGAAGCUGAUGACAGUCGGCGCCAAACGACGACAUCCGCGCGUCGUCUUUGAGCUCGCGUCGUCUUUUCUAAAUCUGUCUUCUGAUACUAAAUGCAGGCAAUCGACCGAUUUUGUGAGAAAAUUUACUUCAUAAUUUUAUGCUUUGUUCUUGUAUUUUUCAAGCAGCUGCUGAUAUAAUUCAAACAUCGUCAGACCUAUCGUACAAAGAAAUGAUGAAAGAAUUUUGCAGAGCCAAUGAAAUUGGAAAAAGAAAAGAGCUCGCUGAACGUAUUAACAACGCAUUAAAUUGUUACAGUGUGGAUAAUACAGAAUUGUACUGCGAUGUCCGUUCAGGUGAAAGUAUUCUCCGCACUUUUUUUCUGAAAGCUGAUUCGAAGUCAAUCGAAGAUCGAAUUGGUAUUUAUUGUCAUCAUCUUGUUGUAAUGUUGCAACAUGGUUUACAGCCAGAACCCAUUAAUGGAGAAGGAGAUGCGACAGUACGCAAACUGGUAGAUCGUUUGAUGAAUAUUUUAAAACCGUCUGGUUAUUACCCUGCUUCGAGUCUUCGUAAAGACAUCGAGACUGUUAUCGAAAUGCUUUCCUUAUUUUUGGCGAAAAAGAAGACAUUACCGAGGAAUAUUACAAAAUGUUUCAACAAAAUAACCUCUAUGGGAUGUCCCCCGGAGAAAAAGGUGAAAUCGUAUUUAGAAAAAUAUUUGAAAACGGGAACUUGGAUUCAUGUCUACCUGAUAAUCAAAUGGUUGAACAAUAAGGUAUUUAACACACUUUCUAAAAUAUAAGAAACAUUUACUUAAAAUUGGAGUUGGAAAUGUUGCUGAAUAUAAUAUUCCGAUUAAAUCAGAAUUUUAUAAAAAUUUAUUAAUAUAAAAUGCAUCGAAAUAAAAAAAUAUAAACUUGAAUUUCAUUGUUUUAAUUUGAUAAAAAUUUGAAAAAGGUAAUGAUCUUUUUAUUAACAUUUAAAUUUUUUAAUAGUGCGUAAUUACCAUACCUUGCAUGCAGUAAUAAUAAUAAUAAUUUAAUUCUUCAGUGCGCAUUUACAAAAAUUUCUCAAUGCUCAUUAAUUUAAUUUAAUUUAAUAAGAUUCGGCUGCUAUUUAAAUACAACAUAUAGAGCCAGGGAAUUCGCCACAGGUUUCCCCAAUUACGGCGAUCCCAUAUAAACAAGAAUAAAAUUACUGUACAAAACAAAUUUUCAAGCAACUCAACAAGCUAAAACUAAUAAGGCUAACAACAGCUUAUUUCAUUGUUAAGCGAUCUUGCUCUUUUGCACUUUACACACACUGAUUUCCAGGUGCGCGGAUCGUCACAUUUGAAUGUUUUGGAUAGUGCAUGUUUGUAGUAGAGUUUAAGACCUGAUUUAAAAGACAGCAAACCUAUAUCUCUAGUACGCAAGUUACUAUCUAAUAUGUUCCACGUUUUGCAAGUUCUUAUAAAAAAUGAGGUUUGGAAUGUUACGGUUUUCGCAUAAGGAAUAACAAAUCUAAUUAGGUUUGCGUUGGAUUCACUUCUUGUAAUUCCUGAUCCAGCCAUGAUCGGUAGAACACGUUCGUCAAUGUACGUAAGACUGUUGAUGAUCUUGUAGAGGAACACCAGAUCCAAGUAUUCGUGCCAAUAUGAGACAGGUAAUAUGUCAAGCUGAAGGAGUCUUGUCUUGUAAGAAAUGUCUGUGAUAAACCCAAGAUUCAAUAUGUAUUUAGUUGCUCGUCUCUGCACUUUCUCAACGUCCUCAAUAAGUUUCACUGACUGAGGACACCAGGCUUGGGUUGCAUAGGAAAAGUUACUUCGCACUAGUUGAAGGUACAGAAGCCUUCUCGCGUUGGUAUCCGUUAUCUCCAUGGUAGAACGUCGGAUUAACCCGAGCGUUUUGUUGGCUUUUGACCGAACUUUGUUGAUCUGAACAUUCCAUAAUAGUUUCGAACUGAUCGUAAUGCCCAGAUCGGACUCUACAUCAGAAGACAAUAGUUGGUGAUCGCCAAGUGCAUAUGCGUAAAUUAAGGGAGACUUCCUUCUUGUGAUAGACAACACUUUACACUUCGAUUUGUUAAAGCUCAACAUGUUCUCAUUUGACCAACAAUGGAGGCUUUGAAUAUCCGAUUGCAAUGCCAGUGCAUCGUUACGAUUUUGCACACAUCUGUGCAGGUUGGUAUCAUCAGCAUACAAACCGACCCCAGUAGAAAUGGAUAUGUUAUCGGGCAAAUCGUUAAUGUACACCGAGAAGAGGAAGGGAGCCAGCAAUGAACCUUGUGGGACUCCGCAUGUUAUUGGUAAGGAAGUAGAUGUCGCACCGUGAACAGUUACUCGUUGACAGCGACCUGAUAGAUAGUUUUCAAACCACAACAAAAGAGAGCCAGAUAGACCGAAAUCGCGAAGUUUUUGUAACAGUUUGGAGUGGUCAACGGUAUCGAAAGCCUUGGAAAUGUCCAUGAAGACAACGUCUGUUUGUAGUCCUUUAUCUAAGUCCUUCCCUAUUUUGUGUAGUGUCGAUAGUAAUUGAGAUGUGGUAGACCUUCCACUAAUGAAUCCAUAUUGUGCUGAGUGAACGCUUUCCUGUAUGCGUAGAUAUAGGUGGUUUAGGACACAGCGUUCAAGAGUCUUGCUGACAAUGCUUAACAAAGAAAUGGGUCGGUAAUUUUCCACGUGUUCUUUUACACCUUUCUUGUGUAGAGGGAUGAUGUUGGCUAGCUUCCAUUCGGUGGGAAUCUGUGAUAAGCGGAGGGACUUUGUGAACAGGUAGUGUAGAGAAGGAGCAAGUUGAAAUGCACAUUCCUUUAAAACACGAGAAGGAAAACCAUCAGGACCAUGAGCCUUGAAGGGAUCUAAGUUCUGUAAGGCUAGGUAUACUUCUUCUAUAGAGAGGUCAAUGGAUGAUAUACUGGAUAGAGGAGGUGAGGAAUCAGGCCGGGGUGAUGAAGAUUGCCCCGGAAAGUUGGUGUAGAUAGAAUGGAAAUAUUCAUUGAACAUUGUUGCAAUAUCGCGAGGCGUGUUUGCAUGUAAUCUAGUCACCGGAAUGUUGGAAUUUGUCCUUGAGACUGACUUAGGGAUAGUUCCGGUGUUCGAGUUGAUUUUAAAGACAGACCAGAAACGUUUUGGAUUGAUUCGUAGGGUGUUUCCUAAGGAUGAGAAAAACAACUUUCUGCUUUCUUUAAUUAAUUUUUUAACGUCAGUUCUUAGCUGGUUGAAUUUCGCCUUGAGAUAUUCAGUCCCUCGGCUUAGAAAUCUCUUUCGGGCUGUUACCUUUUUACGAAUUUGAUGUAGUAUGGUUGAUGUUAUCCAAGGAGGUGUGCGAUGGGGGUCUACGUGUUUGGUAGGGAUAAAUUCAUUCAUAGCUGACAAGAUAGCUUUCUUCCAGGUGAACCAGUCGUCAUCAAUACUGCAUUCCGUGCCAUUGUUUGUUAACAGAGUGCAAAGGUCCAUAUCGAUUAGUUUUUUUCGUAAACCGUCAAAGUUUGCUCGUCGGUAAUCGUAAAUCAAACGUUUGUUUGGGGGGACAAUACUUGAUGAGGUGGAGAUUUGGAAGUGUAUGAUAUUAUGAUCAGAAUUCAUUCCUAACUCAGCUGGAGGGUGGACGACCGUUAAUGUUAUGUGUUCUGGUUGGUUGGUAAUUAGUAAAUCCAGAAUGUUCGACUCUCUAGUGGGAACCAAACAAAGUUGGGACAUGAAGUAGUCGUCUAAUACAUCACAGAAGUUCUGAUUCAAUGAUCCUGUUGCGGUAUAGUUAGAAUCUGUCCAGGAAAUAUUCGGGAGGUUAAAGUCACCGGCGAUAAGGAUCUUGUCGUAGACAGGGAAUAACUUAUCAGCAAAGGAACGGAAAUCGGACAUAUCAUUACUAUCGGGAGGUCUGUAACAACAUACAACAAGCCAUUUCGUGAGGUUAGGUAAUGUACACUCGAUAGCAACAGCCUCUAAGUUUUUCAUAGAAACAGACAAAAUUUGAUUACAAUUUAUGAAAGUAUCUUGUUUAAUUGCAAUAAGUACGCCUCCCCCAGAUCGCCCCAGUGAUCUGUCAGUUCUGUAAAUGUCAUACCCAAUUGGUAAGAUUUCUCUAUCAGAUAUAUCGCUGUUGAGCCAAGUUUCAGUUACGAACAUUACAUCAAUCGAUUCUGAGUAAACCAGCUCUUGAAACUUGAUUAAAUUGGAAACAUGACGAUUCUCCGGCGUAAGUAAGGUCUUUUUCAAACUCCUUGCAUUCAUGCACAUGCAAAACAAGCUAGAAUGUUUUUGUUCAGGAUUAUGUUUACGCGAACCGAGGUUACCACGGCUAGUUGAGUUAAUGUUAGCCAUUGUUGGUCCUGGAUUGGGAUGAAUGUCUCCACACAUCAACAAAUGCGAGGACAAAACAGUAGGAUUGAAAGUAGUUUGGCAGUUUGAGUAAUAGUGAAUUCUACGAUUCAAAUAUUUACUUUGGAUAAAAACAACAAAGCGUUUCCGAUUGUUUAUGAUACAAUGCCAAUCCCUCAUAGUCCCGUAUUUUAUUUUAACAGUAAAUCUUUGAAAAGUGUUCUCUAACAAUAAACAGUAUUUUUUCCUCAUGAUUCACGCUAAAUUUUUAGUGUUUUCACGACUGACGGUAACCGAAACCUCCUGUAAAGUUUAUAAAACACUUGUAUAAUGGCAAUUGGGAAUUCGAGUAGCAACUUAUUGUUUUCAAAUAAGUGUGAUCACAGAAGAUCACCAUCCACACAAUGUAUAAUUUGAUAAUUCUAUCAAAAUAUUUGAUGAGUCAAUAUUAUCAAUAUAUUUUUUUCGAUAUCAAUAUACCUGGAAAAAUAAAUAGUAUAAUAACACAGACGUAAUAUAAAGGCAGACGUAAAUCGUAAAACUAAAUCUCACCAUUUGCUAUUGUUAUGCCAAUAUCAGAGCUGCCAAGUGCCACACAUUUAGCCUGAAAGUCGCGCUUUUAAAUUUUGGUUCCACAGAUCCGCGCCCAUGCUGAAAAUUGCCUUAAAGUCGCGCAAUUCCACAUAUCUUAAUUCUUCAGUAAGAAAUUUGUGCUUUACAGCAUUUCAGUGCAUAUUUUAGCCCAAUUUCUCGACCUAUAUAUGAGUAUGGACAAUUGUGGAGGAGCCUUGGUCAAAUCUUACAUAUUGUUAUUAGCAAUAUCAUUAGAGAAGCCAAACUCUGAGAUGUCACACAUUCUUAUCUUCCGAACUUGGCAGGUCUGUAUUAGGGUACAAUGCAACUUAAUGGGUUAAAGAAAUUUUAUGGAAAUAAUAGCUAUCAAGGCUUUCACCACAAAUAGCACAUCUCUGUAAAAGUUUUGAAAUACACUACGUUGCCUGUACAAAUUACUCAACCUGGAUCCGCUUUUCUAUGAAAAACUUGAAAAUCAAAUAUUUAAUUUAAUCUCUUGUGCAAAUGCAAUCUCAUUCCCUGAGCAUGCCCGUUUGCAGGGGGUGGGCAUAGCUCUGGAGAAAUCGAAUUGAUUCAGGCCGGUGAUUGGCGAGUGGCAGAUAGUACGUUGGGAGUUCUAUUGUUGCAAAAUAUAAACAAAGUAUUUAGAAUUUCUUAUCGAAAAUUUGAUAAUUUUUACACUGAAAUCCAUUGAAAACAACUAAAAAUUCUGGGGGAAAUAUGUACGAAAACUUCAUAGGGACAAAACUACCUGAAAAAUACAAGGAGAACUUUGACGUUUUGAGCGAAGGCACUUGUACUUGUACUGAGUGUUUGUAUACAUCGUACUUGACCUUCACUGAUAAAUAUAAUCUCCUCAAGAAUGAGAGAAUGUUUGCUGUGCAUCUGCGGUUGAUGUCUUUAAAACUGGACUAAAGGUUUAAAUUUCCUUGACAUUGGAUUAUUGACAUUGCUCUCAUAUACUAUAUAUGUGCUUUAAAAUUUAAAUUUUACUCUCCUGUCAGAAUUUAUGGUAUACGUAGUGUUAGGUCCACACUUCACAGCAAACAUUCUCUCAUUCUUGAGGAGAUUAUAAAAGGUCAAGUACGAUGUACACAAACACUAACAGUACAAGUCGAAGCACCUUCGCUUGAAACGUCUAAGUUCUCCUUGUAUUUUUCAGGUAGUUGUAUGCUUAUCAAUCCGAAGCUUUUGUACAUAUUUGCGCCAGACUUUUUGUUGUUUUAAAUCGAUUUCAGUGCAAAAAGUAUCAAAUUUUCGACGAGAAAUUCUAAAUACUUUGUUUAUAUUUUGCAACAGUUGCCGAGCAUACAUAGAACUCUCGAUUUCUCCAGACUAUGCCCACCCUUAACCUGCGAAUGGGCAUGCUCGGGAACGGGAUUGGUGCAAAUGGUGCAUGUUAGGUGUGGAGCAAACCGUUGCUGCGACAAAAUAAUAAGUGAAGCGUGCCUUCAUGAACGGUUUUAAAUCUUUUAACGAACUUUGGUUGCAAUGACAGGUUACACUGGAAAAUAAAAAAUCGAAAUGAAUGACGUCACCUUUGGUCCUUUACUCAGUUGACUGACAUGAUGACGUAGUUAUAAAAUCGGAAUCAGCUAGAUUGAUCUUCACUACUUUGGCACCAAUGCUAGCUCCCCCCUUGAUGAGUGAAAUUGUCUGGCAUUAGACAGAGUAAAAUAAUAAAGUGCAGUGCAACUCAAUGGGUUAAUUACUACCCUAUAAACACAAUUACUACCCUAUACAAACUGCACAUCCCACAAGCAAACAAGUUACAAACCCUUAUGUAUGUAUUUUAAGUCGAUUUUAAUUUAACAAAAACUUUGGCAAUUAAGUUUGUUUGCUCUUCAGUUUUCAGUGCAAUUUUACAUGUGUUCUUUUGACUGCUAAGAAUCACGUUUUUAGAAGAUAAAGAUCUGAUUUCAAAUUUUUUCCAAGGGAAUUAAAUAUAGUCUUGGGGGGGGGGGGGGCACAUGGACGGGUGUGCAAUCUAAGUCCCACAUAUACCUAUAUACCCCAUGUCUCCAUAUAAAAUUAACAAAUUGUGCAUGUACAUAUGUUAGCUGAUGCUGAAACUGCCCCUAAAAUUACAGUAAUCAAAUGGUGAAUUUGGUCAUAACUGAUGAACUAGUCCAUGUUAAUUUCUUUAUUUAGUCCAACAGAUACUGUAAGAAAUUGUCUGCAAAGAAUCAUAAAGGUAUUAAAAUGUGUUAUAUGAUUAACCCAUUUGAGCACUGCCAGCUCUCUCCCCUUGACAAGUAAAAUCAUAUUUUCAAAUGGCAUUAGACAGAAAAAAUUGUCCAGUGUUACACAGUAAAAUAAUAAAGUAGGGUACAAUGCAACUUAAUAGGUUAAAGUUAAAUCAACCUGUUGUGUUAACUUUCAAUUUCUAGGGGAGAUGUUUUAUUCUAGCUGAAAAUGUAUCUUAUAGUUAUUCAAAAUUAUCAUUUCAGUAUGAAGGAGAUCCAUAUGAAAACUGUGUGCCCAUAAUAAGAGCUGAAGAUUUUUCAGAAGAGGUAGUGUACAUAAUAUAUAUGAUGAAUCUAACAGAUCUUAAAAGAUUCUGAUAUCUUUGAAAAUUCUGAUAUCUUGCUAGAAAUCUUUUGUUUGUUGUAAGCAGGACUAUUUCACUAUAUUUUCAUUAAUUAACUUUUGUUCUAUUAAUUAACUUUGUUCAAUGAGCCAUUGUUCAAUAACACCAACACUAUCCCUUUGACAAAUAAAAUCUGGCAUUAGACAUAAUUAAUAACGUAGGUUACAUUGGAGUGCAAUGCAACUUAAUAGGUUAACUAGUAAAAGUAAUAAACAGAUCAUUAACCAUUGAGUGGCAGCACUCUCCACUUGACAAGUAAAAUCGUCUGGCGUUAGACAGAGUAAAAUACUAAAGUAGGGCGCAUCAGGGUGCAUUGCCACUUAAAGGGUAAUAUCAAAUUAUUGAUAUUAAUUUAUUUAAUAUUAUGCACGUUAAUGAAUAAAUAUAGCAUUUUGAUACAUAAUCACACCUACAUGGCUAUAUGAACACACCCACUUUUGGUGGUAAGGUCCCUCACUAAAAAUCACUGGGGUUGGUGGUGUCAAAACUCCAGAUUUGGUCAGCUACUCAGCUAGUUAGUAUUUCCCAGUUAUUGCACCCAUUCUUGCAUUUAAUAUCACAUUUUGUAGUCUUAAAAUUCCCAAAAAAUCUCAUCCAGAAAUGCUAUUUCAAGCUGUGGGUUUCUAAAGCUGCAGUAGAGCUGUGCAGUUUCAGAAAUUUCAUCUCGGUUCCAAUUUCGGUCUUUUUGGGGUGGAAAAACCUCGGUUCAGUAUUGGUUUCGGUAUUUUCAAAAGAAGAACAAUUCAGACCAUUUUCUCAAUCAAUAAACAAACAGCUUAUAAUAAGUUAGAUGAAACAAGAACAUGUCCAUUGAUUAUGGGAUACACUAGAGAAAUAAACAUAUUCUGAAAUAAAAUUAUCGAAAAAGGAAUGUCUUUGCUUGCACCUUUUUUAAAGGCCAAGUACUGUAAGAGCCUUUUUUGGUAAUAUUAGACCAAAACUUAAAAUUCCUUAAAAUGUCAUUACAUUUUUCCUCAGUUCAAGAAAAUUUCCUUAAUAGUGAGAGCAACAUGCGGGAACCAAAACUACCGGUUCUUUUGCAUAUGCUCAGUGUGACUUCCGAAACGAAUUGGUCAAUUGGACCGAUCAAAUCUUUCGGUUAACUGCGCAGCUCUAAUCUGCAGUACAACCACUAGCUGGUUGAACCACAUGGCUACAAAGAAAAUUACCCAUCAUCAUGCAAAAAUUCUCCUGAAGGAUUCGUAAAACAUGUUUUGUAGCUAAUAUAGCUUUUUUGUAUUCCCCACCCAGGGCUCGAAUUUUAUCGCCGUAGAGGGAGAACAAAAUGUCGUGGAUCAUUGCAGCAACGACGGCUUUUUUUGCCGUAUAGUGCAAUUUUUAUACUAUUCACUGUGCAUUACUACUUUGAUACUUUAAUUCAGAUGUUGAUCAAAUCAUGCGUAAAUCACUAUUUUAGUCUCCGUUUUCUUCGGAAAAAAAAACACUAAAGAAAUACGUAGACAUGUUUCUAGCUUGUCAAAAAUCCAAAGUAACAAUAAAAUUAAAGUUUUAUUACAGUGAUUUGAAAAAUGGCGUGGAAACUGCCAAAAUUGCCGUAGACAGCUGUUACGUUCCACGGCAAUUUUUAACGCCAUUGCCGUCGAUUGAUUUCAGGGAAAUUCGAGGCCUGGUAUUCCCACUAUUGACAAAUAAUUAUUUUGACGCAUAGAAUGAAAAUUCAGAAAAAUACCAUGAUCCAGUCAAUGGGGAUGACAGUCCAGUUUCGAUGACAGUCAUCAGGAGUAUUGGUAAUGUUGUGAAUAGUGAUCAAGAGCCUGGGGAAGACUGGAGUGAUAACCCUAACACAGUGACAUCAUCAUUAGCUGGUCUAUCAUCAUUGGCUGUUGCUGUAAAAAAGUGAGUUACACAGUUCCUCAUGGAUGUUUUGAAUAUUUGACCAGAGUCAAUAAAGGGCAAUUAAUGAAAACAGGAUUAAUCCUGUUGGUGAGUAAGAACAUCAAUACACCUUUGUGCGACUUGCAUGUUAGCAACUUUCUAUAGCUACUGUGGUCACUGUUCUGAUAAUGUAAGCAUAGAAUGGAGAAAGGUAACCAAGCAUUUAAUUCCUAAACAUGUAUUAGAUCAUUAAUAUUUGAUCACGUAUUUGAUCGUUAUUAGAUCAUUGUAUUAGAUUAUUUGAUCCAUUCCUGUAACGUUUUAUCUUGAUUUGAACAAAGAAGAAUUUAUUAUCCUUGUAUCAAUGUUUCCUGAUACAAGACAUUUUGGUAUUUAGGGUUAUACCACGUCAAGAUGAUGAUGAAACAAUUGAAGAAGCUGUCAUGGCAAAUCCACACACACUCUCACUAACUGGGUAGGUCUGGUGUUUUAAAACGCAAGGCUUAAUUUUAUCACUCCCAAUCUAGCAAGAUGGAGGAAGGAGUGGAGUUAGAUACUAGGAUCUUUAGAAAUCCAAGUUUAUCCAGGGAAAUCAUUACAGAAUCACCAUGGACAUAUCAUAAUUUUGCUUUGUGUCAAGCGUAAUCUUCAUAAAAUAAAGUCACUUUUUUAUACUACUGUACUUGAUCCAUAAUUCAUACGUACAUUUCUUUCUUUCAAGUGACAAAUCCCGGAGAAGGAUCCAUAAAUGUGAUUUUGCAGGCUGCAGUAAAGUCUACACAAAAAGUUCACAUCUCAAAGCACAUCGCAGGACACAUACCGGAGAAAAACCGUAUAAAUGUUCAUGGGAAGGAUGUACGUGGCGGUUUGCCCGGUCGGAUGAACUUACCAGACAUUUCCGUAAACAUACCGGAGCCAAACCGUUCAAAUGCCCGCACUGCGAACGAUCUUUUUCAAGAUCUGAUCAUUUGUCAUUGCACAUGAAGCGUCACUGA